GAAUGGCGUUGCCAUGACAACGCCCCCAUGCAAAUAUGCGUUCACGGGCGAAAUGAGGAACCGAAAUGAGAAGCAGAGCAUCGGGGGGACGAAAUCAUGCAACACUGGAAGAACGAUCCGGUGUAACGAGCAUCGGUGACGGCGGCCGCUUCAUUCCGGUGCCGCGUGUCUGAGAUUCAAGCUCCGACCUGCACGUGACUCUGAAGAAAACAAAGAUGGAUGGGUGCCACAUGUGCAUCGAUGCUUUGAAAGAAGACGUGUUGGCCAAGUUGUCCCAAAUGUUGGAUAAUUCUACCUGCGGGUGGAGGCAGCUGGCCACUGCCGCGGCGAAACACCCCAGAUUCCAAUGCAGUGAGAAGGAGAUGACCGCCUGCUCCCUCCACGUGCUGAACGCGGCCGGCAGCCCCGCGCGCUGCUUCCUCGCGCACCUGGCAGACCGCCGCUGCCCGCUGGACUUCCUCAGCCGCUGCCUGACGGAGAUAGACCACCGCGAGGCCGCGCAGCUCAUCAGCACCACAAUGGCAGAGCUGAUCAGAAUCACGGCUCAGCCGCAGUCGCAGCACUCCAGGCCUGGAAGCCGGGUGCUGUUGACCUGCGGGGCCUCAGGGCCGCCUGGACUCACCUAUCAGUGGUUUAAAGGCAACGAAGAGAUUUUGGAUCAGACGGGAGGCUCGCCACAACUUGUUCUGUUUCCUUUAAGUCCAGCCCAUCAGGGUCACUACAUCUGCCGGGUCAGCUAUGGGGAGAGGUACGUCUUCUCCCAGUGGGCUCACGUUGGCCUGGUCUGCUCUGCGGGUUCAAGUCCAGGCUGCAGCAGCAGUUUGUUUCCGGGCUCGGUGAGUGGACUGCAGGUCGUGCUGCAGCCCCAGUCCCAGGUGGUGUCUGAAGGCGCCAAACUGCGCCUGGAGUGCCAAGCAAAGGCCAACCCCCCCGCCCAGGUCCAGUGGUACCACAACAACAAACCUCUUCCUCAGAAGAAGACUCCUGUACUUGAGAUCCCCUGUGUGACCACAGAGCACAGAGGAGAGUACAGCUGUAAAGUCUAUAAUUUGUACCAUGAGGUUUGGACCGACGCAGCAGCAGUCAACAUUGAACCAAGCUCAGUCCCAGGUGCCUCCUGGGUCGAAGUUGAAGAGGAUUUCGACUCAGAGGACGACAGCAGAUCCCAUCCUCCACAACAGACCUCUGAGGAGUCUUCAUCAGCCAAGAAUUUCUACGCCACAGACAAAGUGGCGCUCCUGAUCGGCAACAUGAAUUACCUCCACCACACCCCCCUGUGCGCGCCGAUCUGCGACGUCCACGAGCUCACCAACCUCCUUAGGCAAAUGGACUUCAAGGUGGUUUCUCUGCUGGAUCUCAGCUGGCAGGAGAUGCAGAACGCCGUCGCCGAGUUCUUGAUGCUGCUGGACAAAGGCGUGUACGGACUGCUGUACUUUGCUGGUCACGGCUAUGAGAACUAUGGCAACAGCUUCAUGGUUCCUAUUGAUGCACCGGCCUCCUACACAUCGGAUCACUGCUUGUGCGUACAGAGCAUCCUCAGCAGGAUGCAGGAGAAGCAGACCGGACUCAACGUGUUCUUGUUGGACAUGUGUCGGCAAAGAAACUUCAACGAUGAUGUCAUAGUCCACCCGGGACCGCUCCGAGUGACGGCAAACAUCGUGUUUGGCUACGCCACGUGUGUUGAUGCUGAGGCGUAUGAGGUGAAGAGAGAGGACACGUCCAAUGGCAUCUUCAUCAGCUUCCUCAAACAGCGAGUGUGUGAAAAUGAGAAGGUCACCGUCAUGCUGGACAGAGUCGGCGAAGACAUGGGCCGCUGUGCGAUCACACGGGGAAGGCAGGCUCUGGAGCUGCGCAGCAACCUGUCCGAGAGGCGCUCUCUCACGGACCCAAUCCAGACUUCUGACGGCUCUGCUUCCCAGUCCGCACGAAACCAUCAGUGGGCCGUUGCUCACGAUUUACCUAAGAGCCAGUGCCUUCACUUCGACUGUGGAGUGCAGGUUCAGCUCGGGUUUGCAGCUGAAUUCUCCAACGUCAUGGUCAUCUACACUCGGAUACUCGUGAAACCUGAAGAAGUAGUUUCCUGCUCUGCUCAGCUCACAGACUUUGCAGAGGAUGUGGACGUUGAUUUGAAGAAGAGCAAUCAGGAUUGUCUAAUUGAGGCAGGAAGUCUGGGCCUCAUUGAAGAAGAACUUCCUUCUCCUGACGUUCCCAGUCUUUACACUCGCAUCUGCAACCUGCAGAGACUUAAGAAGGAGCUAACGUUCACCGUCUGCCUCCACUACACCUACUCCAACAUGGACGAAGAGAUACAAGAACGGUUACCCGUGUUGGUGGGCAAACCUCUGGUCUCCAAACUCAAUCUGCACGAACGUCGACCCACCCGCAGCUUCUCCACGAACAUCAGCCUGGACUCCUUAGGUUUCUCUGAGUGUUCUUCCUUCGCCUUCGCUGAAGGACCGGCGCUUUCUGGAUCCAUGUCCAACGCCUCGUCAUUUCCCAAAGAGACGAGCAGAGCCGACUCUCCGGCGAAACUCAGAAGUGACAAUGUACCAGAAGAGACGGACUGUCCAGAGUUCUUCCACACCACUGAACUGCUGGUCUCCAGCAAGAGUUUACCCCACACUCAAGUAAACGAGACAAGCUACAGAUUCAGUGACAUGUGCAAUUUCCAUUCUUUAUAAACUGCAUUACAUUACAGCCUUUUCUGCACCAUCUCUGCUGAUGAAACUGCAAUUAUUUCUUUCUAAAAGUGUCAUUUUAAAAGAUUGAUUUACUUUGAAAUUAUUUAAAUAUCUUGAGCUGUAAAAAUUUUUGAUAAUCAUCUAUAAUUCAUCUAUAAACAUUCUAAUUUAAA